UGGGGAGUUUGUCACGCGCAUUCGCACGCGCGCCUUGUCGUAAGAGCUCGGUUUAGAUACUACGUGAGUUUUAUCUGGAGAAACGUCGCGCUAUCAGCGGGCCCAGACAAAGGAAACCGCAGGAGAGCAACUACACCCCAUAAUGGAUUGCAGAGGCAGAGUGUCGACUGCUGGCUGACCUGCACCACUGGGAUCCAACCUUUCUAACAAUGGAUCGGUUACAGCAAGAUGAGUUUUGAACCUCAAGAAUUGGUGAUCAUCGUCACAUGCCGGCCAACUGAAAGUCCUUCCUCCUUGGAAAAGAACAACUGAGCUCUUCUGGAGAAGAGGCAGGUGAAACAAAGACAUUCCUUCAGCAGAAGAGGACAGGAAACAGGAAAGACAUUUUAUCAAUGAAUCAGCGCUGCGUUUCCACAACUUGUUUUAAGAAUAAGGAAAGUUAACAAGCUGAUGAAACCGUCUUGAGAGAUGAUGAAUCGCUACACCACCCUAAAGCAGCUGGGUGAUGGCACCUAUGGCAGUGUGCUGAUGGGCAGAAGCAACGAGUCUGGAGAACUGGUGGCAAUCAAGAGAAUGAAGAGGAAGUUUUAUUCAUGGGAAGAAUGUAUGAACCUAAGGGAGGUGAAGUCAUUGAAGAAGCUGAACCAUGCAAAUGUGGUAAAACUGAAGGAGGUAAUCAGAGAGAACGAUCACCUAUACUUUGUCUUUGAGUAUAUGAAGGAAAAUCUCUACCAGCUUAUGAAGGACAGAGAGAAUAAGAUGUUCUCAGAGAAUGAAAUUAGGAACAUCAUGUUUCAAGUGCUUUCUGGGUUGGUUUUUGUACAUAAGCAUGGAUUCUUUCAUCGAGACAUGAAGCCAGAGAAUCUGCUGUGCAUGGGUCCAGAACUGGUCAAAAUUGCAGAUUUUGGACUGGCCAGAGAGAUCCGGUCCAAACCUCCCUACACAGACUAUGUAUCAACUAGAUGGUACCGGGCUCCAGAGGUUCUGCUCAGGUCGUCUACCUACAGCUCUCCUAUUGACCUGUGGGCUGUGGGCUGCAUCAUGGCUGAACUCUAUACUCUCAGGCCUCUUUUCCCUGGGAACAGUGAAGUGGAUGAGAUCUUUAAGAUCUGCCAAGUUCUUGGCACCGUCAAAAAGACGGAUUGGCCAGAGGGCUACCAACUAGCUGCUGCUAUGAACUUUCGCUUCCCCCAGUGUGUGCCGACCCAUCUAAAGACCCUCAUCCCAAAUGCCAGCAAUGAGGCUAUUGCCCUGAUGAAGGACCUGCUCCAGUGGGACCCCAAAAAAAGACCCACUGCUGUACAGUCCUUGCGUUACCCGUACUUCCAGGUAGGCCAGAUCUUAGGACCUCGUCCUCAGAGCCAGGAGGUCAAGAAGGUCCAGGCCAGGCCACUCGCCCAGAAGCAGGCCUCGGAGCACAAGACUGAUCCCCAGCAGUCUUCUUCUGAGUCCAAGGCCUCCACAUCCUCCUCCAGAAACCAACAGCAGCAGGAACAUCAUCAGCCUCUUCAGCAGAUCCCCCUUCCCCAAACAGAGAGUAAAUCAGCAGGCCUCAGCCAUGCAAAAGCAGCCUCGCUGGGCAGUGAGAACACCGUCGGUGGUGGUGGGAUGGGGGCGGUGAAGAGUGGCCGUCGUCGCUGGGGCCAGACUGUGGCCAAGACCUCGGACAGCUGGGAGGAAUUUGACCCAUCAGAAACUGCUGCCUCCAACUCCAAGAAACCUAGUCUGGGGAACACGGAGGAGGAGGGGAACCCUAAGGAGCACCGCCCACAGCCCAAGGAGCAGAAACCGCUGUAUUCCUUCAGCACAGUUACUAAGUUACCUAACAAUGUUAAGAUUGGCCAAAUGGACUCCAAUCUCCCAGGAUCUGCUGCACGACAGCACUAUCUGAGCCAGUCACGGUACUUGCCAGGGUUGAUUGGCAAGAAUCAGACAACUGGAGAUAAGGAGUUGAGUGGUAUGACGCUGCGGGACCUGUGGGAGAACUCCUCAAACUCUGUAAACAAACCACUUGCUCCUAUUGGAGGAGGAUUAUCUGUCACCAGAGCCAACGCAGAAGAGAAUUACUCCAAAUCUGUGGAUAGCCCACCAGAGAAAACCCUUGUUAAAGAAAGAGUUCUGGAGAAAAUCGAUCUCUCCAAAGGGAACUUUGUAAGCACCAAAUACAACCUCUCUGGUGCUUAUAUGCCUUCAUUUCAAAAGAAAGAGGUGGGCUCGGUGGGACAGAGAAUCCAGCUUGCCCCUUUGGCUGGCCAGCACGCAAUCAAUCUUUCUUCUUCUCCUGAUAAUAAAAAAGACAAACCAAAAUCUGCAAAGGCCAAGCCCAUAUCCAACUCAUCUUUAAGUGAAACUAAUGAAGAUUACGAGGGCUGGAAGAGGAGAUCAGACCGGACUCAGAUGAAGGGGAGCAGCUACUCAGCCCUAGGGAAAACGUCUGGGAAUCUCCUGACCAGAGCUCCCGCUGUGCAGCCUGUCCACGGCAGGGUGGACUGGACCUCCAAAUAUGGUGGAAAUCGGUAGUUCAGAAAGAAGGUGGUACAGCUUCUACUGCUUGUUGGACUGCGUUGCCUAGUGGUACACAUCUUUGGCUAAGGAAUCUAACCCUAAGCAGACUUUUAUCCAUACUCAAACUUGUUGUAGUAAUGUUACAAAAGAUGUACGUGACACAUCCCAGUCUUUUUAGGAGACAUUUUUUAUGCCACAAUGGCAUAGUUUUGUUACCAGAGAGCCUGAGACAUGUAUGAUCUAACUGUAGAUGUGCAUGGAGUGUAUGUUUGGAUGACUGUUGCCAUGAUACUGAACCAAGACUGAUACUGUCUGCACGACAAUCCCACUGUACUCCUGAAGGAUCCAGUGUGAGCCAAUUCAUUCUACUGUUAGUGUUGGGAUAUUCUGAGUAGGAUUUAAAUGUAACAUAGCUUUUCAUUUUUUUUUUACUCUAGUUUUUAUUGUCAUGUAUUGUUAUACUACUGAUGACAAAGGAUAAACAGACAUAUUAACGGUUCCUGCAAUGCUAUAUUCCCUCUGCUGUUAUUCACCAUAGGUGAUAUGGCUAUAAAAGUGAUCACUUCAACUUAUUCUAGAUACCGUAAGACAACUACACACUCUUUGUAUUAUGCAAUGAAUUGACUGAACAUUUUGUAAACAUUUUAUACAAAUAAAGAUAUGAAAGUU